GGGAGGCGCGGGGCGACAGACGCGCGAACACUUGUGGUUCUGAGCCAGGUUAUGUCCCACGCCGCCCUACACGCACCGCGGACAUGGAGAAGAGGAUAGAACUGGAAAGAAGGGGCAGAAGCCCUUCCAAGAUUAUGGAAUUAAACUUGGACAACUGCAAGAGCACGUCCAUUGUAGGUUUGACAGAGGAGUUUGAGAAGCUGGAGGUGUUGAGUCUCAUCAAUGUAGGCCUCACUUCCCUCAAGGGCUUUCCGGCUCUCCCCAAUCUUCGCAAGUUGGAAUUGAGUGACAACCGAAUCUCUGGUGGGUUGAAUGCCCUCACCUGCCUGCCAAAGUUAGCCUACCUGAACCUUUCUGGGAACAGGAUUAAGGAUUUGGAAACACUAGAACCUUUGAAGGACCUUAAGUCUCUGUUUAACUUGGACCUCUUCAACUGCGAGGUGGCACAGGUUGAGAACUACAGAGAAAAGAUGUUCGCUCUCAUCCCCUCUCUGGUCUACCUUGAUGGGUUUGAUAAGGAGGAUAAUAGUGAAGAGGAGGAGGAUGGUGAGGAAGAAGAGGAUGGUGUAGAGGUACUUGGUGAAGGUGAGAAUGACGACGACUGCGUGGAGGUCUUGGAGGGUGAUCACGAGCAGGAUGAUGAAGACAUAGAUGGAGAGGAAGAGGAGGAAAUUGAUGAGGAAGAGGUUGAAGAGGAGGAAGAUGAGGAUGAGGAGGAAGAAGAUGUACCCUUGGAUGCACUGUAUAAGGAGUACAACCCAGUGGGUGAUGAUGAUUAUGAGGCAGCCGAAGGAGAGGAUGAUGAUGAUGUUGUUCUCGAGGAAGAGGAAGACGGUGAUGCUCAGCGAGGUCAAAAGAGGAAACUCGAGGAUGGGGAAGAUUAAAAUUUACAUUACAGUGGCACGUGGCAACCUGUAGCCGAGAGGGCAGCAAGGGGACGGGUGGAGGCACUGUUGCAACAACUUCACUGUGGAGUUUGUGUGGCUCUUUCUGGAUGCAAUAAACACUGCUGGGUGGCAACUGAGUAGUUAGAGAGUUGUUGAUAUGUGUUUAAAGUGUGCAUAGGAAGAUCAAAGUCUGUUCUAUCUUUUAUUAAUCUUGAAAAUAAAACUUUUAUAUUUUUUGUGGGGGAGGGAUAAUUUUGUGUGUCAGGACUGUGCCCAAUAUGGAUUGAUUAUUGCACCAGAUUCAGUUUGAAUAUCAGUGUUGAAGAUGGAACAUGGCCAAAAAAACCCUCUCCCAGCCCCUCUUUGUAAUUUGGGGGGUGUUAGUCUUGCCCUCUCAUCUUGACUGGCACCCUCUGCCUUGCUCGCUGCACUUGCCCUGGCCACCACUUACCUCACUUGACCCAAACACGACUGUCACAAUUGAAGUUAACGUUGAGGGACUUCAUGUUGAUAUAUUUGACUAAAUAUUAUAAGUUUUAGUUGAGCUGUUGGAUGGCAUUAUUUGUAAUGGUUCCUGAAGCGCAACUCAUGAAAAGUGUAGGUAAUCAUCAAGCGUGCUGUGGAAGAACUUAGUUGGCUGGAAGAUACAAAUUAUUGUGUGUCUUGUGUGGGCUGUAGGACCUCAGUGAAACAGCUUGGAUGCUGGCCGUCAGGUCGUGUGUGUGUGUGUGUCAGUGGAGCCAACCUUAAGUUGAGAGUGGCAUCCAUCAGAGGUCUUGGUGUGUGUGUGUGUGUGUGUAGCCAGUGCACAACAAGACUUGGCUAAUUUGUUUGUCCAUCUCAACUGCUGUAAAUCACUUACAAGUUGCUUUCUUUCCUUUGAUGUUUGUGUCUUGAAUUUGUUGAAGUAUUUGGAAUGUUGUCAGAAAUCUAACUUAUCUGUUAGUAGUUUAACAAUGGUUCAGAUCUUUUUUUAAACUUAAUAUCAGCAAUAAUAUGUUCAGUUUAAAUCAUGAUUGGUGGUCAGUGUCAAUAUUUCUAUGUACAGGUAUAAGAAUUUUAGUUAUGAUGGUUAGCUAAAGGGACUUGUAUAUAAAAUAUAGUGAGAACACCAUCAGUACAGUAAUUGUAAGACACAUUGAAACAGGAUUAUCUAAGACAAUUCUUAAUUUUUUAAUUUUCAUACUUUAUACAGUAACAGAUUGUUGUGUAUUAGUACAUACUGUAGGUGGUGUCUGCCCUGCGAGACUCUCCAUGUGGCUGGGCAAGACCUCCGUCAUGGCUGCCCAGGCUGGAUGAGGUUGGCUUUAGGGUUAUUGACUGCGUUCCUGCCAUGAAGGUUCCAUUGUCUUUCCCAUUUCUUGAUGAGUAUAUUAAGGCCGUCCUUCAGAGCGAAAUUUGCAUUGGAGUAAAUAUAUAUAUAUAUACAGUAACCGGUACAUAUAAAACUAUUUUUAUUUAUUUUUUCUUUCCUUUCUUUUUGUUUUAUUUUUUUUUAAUUUGUUUUUUAUUUUUUAAUAGUAAUUAUUUUAUUGGUUGUUGAGUAUUGAAGGAUUAACCAGGGAUGGGAGUUAUGGACUCACAUGUAGUGGACAGUUGCUGGUCAAGUUGGGGUACAAAAGUGGACUUUAUCUCUUUAAGGCAAACGUGCUUGUGGUCCAAAUGGUGUGGCCAUAAGGUAAUAGUCUUAAGCUUUAUACUGUCUUGUAAAUAGAAUAUAUAAUUAAAUAAAAAAUAGUGCAGGAUAUGGGAGUUGAGCUCUUGGAAACUAGGCCUUAGAAUAUAUUGGAAUAUAAGACAGUUUAUGGUGCAAUGGAAACAAAGAGGCAUUAGUUGGACUGGCAUGCACUAGUUAGGAAUGUGAGUCAUUGAUCUCAAAGUGAAGGCCACAUGUUGGACAGCCGCAGCAGCCAUGACCCCCAACUGUGUGGGUGUGGACCACGCAGGUCCGUGCACCAGCCUGUACACUCUCGCCAUCACCACCUGUUCUUGCUGCCCACACUUCUAACACCAGACUCUUUCUCCUUAUAAGUAAUUAUUAUGGAAUUGGUCAUUAUUUAUAUGACCAAAUAUGAGGAGAAAAAAAUUUUUCAAUUGAAAGGAGUACUUUAAUGAAUAGCAUUAAUUUGAUAUGAUAAUUUGUAAAGUUGUGUCAGUUAUUUGAAGACUAUAUUGACAUGCAUGAAGUUGGUGGUGGUUGUGAAGGUGGCAGAUGUUUGGUUGGCGUGCCCACCACACAGUUACUAGAGUACAAAGUACAGGGCCCAGCCAUCAUUGAGUAUCCCGCCGCCAUGCCUCUGCUGCAGCCAGUGAUCACAGGCUCUUAUCAGGCUGAGCAGCAUUGUGCAAGUUAUCCGUCUCACCCCACAGAACUCUUAUUGUGUGGGCUAUGUCAUCUGAGCCAGCAGGAGGCUUUAUAAAAAUGAAGUGUACACACAUUUGUUAAAGACAUUAGUAAGCCCAUGUGCCUCUACAUUGAUGUGAGGUUUAUCGUCACCCAUGAAAGUCAACUUAAAGUUUAUUGUAGACUUGCACUCUUAAUUAUGAAGUAGAAAUCCAGGGUAUUGCACUCAUGGUAGACUUGUAUUGUCAGAAAAUAGGGAUAGUAGUAUUUCCAGUUACAGGAAGUUCUUGUUCCACAGUUUCUGACAUUACUUUUGUUAGGGCAACCAAAGAGAUAUUUUUGAAGUGUUAAAAUCACAGUAGCAUUGGGCAUCAGCAGGUGAGAAAUAAAGGAAUGUGAUGCCUCACAAAGCAACUAUCAGUUGACUUAGGGUGUAAGGAGGUAAUUUGGGCUACUGUUGUCGUCUAUGGGUGCGUGAAGUGGCACACUGGCCUUGGUGAGCAUCCGGUAUAAUCCUGCACUGCCUGUGCUCUAACUUUUAUGAACUUGCUGCAAUCUGAUGCAACUUGUCAUGUGUAGUUCAUGUUUUGCUGGCAUUGAGCACUUCACAUGUUUGGGUGUAUAUUUGUUAUAAAUUAAUUAGAACUACUUAUACUCAUAGGUUUAUUACAGAGUAUUUACCAGAGAUAAGAAGAGGCCCUGUAACAUGUGAAGGGUUGAAUGCCUGCCAAAUGUUGCCUACACUGCUUGAAGAUGUGGGAGGCAUGAGGUGCCAUCAAGGUCACACUGAACCGCCGCAUACUCUCGGGUCGUUAGUGUGAUCACCUCCCAGGGUAGUUAGUAGGGGUGGCAUUUUGGGACUGGGACCUGAGUUAACUAUGAGAAUCCCUCACCACAUGUUCAAAAUUCAGGAGAUCUGCUAUGGUAAUGAGCUUAUAACUAACAAUAAAUAUAUGUACAAGUUUCAUAUGGGAAAUCUCGAGAGAAUAAUAAAUAAAAGGAGUUUGGUGUCCCCAGGUGCUUCCUCAUGGAGUAGUAAACCCGUAGACCCCAUGCAGAGAGAGGUGCCUUCCCUGAGGGGUGCCACCACGGCCUCCCACCCCUCAAUGAUCCCGUCGGAGGCCCCAUUCUGUCUAUUCAUGCCCAGUGUUUGUGGUUAAUGUAACCUGCUCUGUUUUAGCCAGUCAUAUAUUUUUCCCAAUCAGUUAAAGGUCAGCAGUUUGUUCUAAAUUAUUGCCAGUUUAUUACUGUUAUUUAUAAAGCUUCAAUACAUGUUUUUAAUGUUAGCUGCUCUUAAGUUUUGCUUGAAAUUUUUACCAAUUAUCUUUAAUCUUGUGAAUCAAGGCUCCGGCAUGUGUGUCUGCUGGAGGUAGUUCUCUUACUUAUGUAACAAGUGAACAUUUUUUCUGUUACUUUUAUAGCAGCUGGAGGUAGUUCUCUUACUCAUACCACUGCUUUAUCUUUGCUGCUUUGUAUCCUAUUCUUUAAAACUUGUGUUAUGACCAGGUUAUUCAGGUAUGUUUUACUCCCAGAUAUAAGCAUCCACUACUGUACUGUGUAAGAACUACCACACCGGAGGGCUCUCAUGCCUACACACUCAACUUAGUCUCCAGAGUAUUGAUACAAGUGUUGCAUCUUCUGAAUACAGCCACUGGAAUUGUUUGGCUGAGGCUCAUUAAAUUUGCUAUUAGUAUGAUAUGUGUGGAAAGGCUAGAGGGAGGUUAUCCACAUUCUCAGUCUGUUUUUAACUGCCCAAGUCUUCUACCUUCUGUGUCAAUUAAGUACAAAUUUUUUUAAAAACUCAAAAAAAUCUGAAGUUUGUGUGGUAAAGAUUUUAUGUUGCACUGUACUUAUGUGUAAGAGUGAGCAGUCUUAUGUGUGUGUGAGGUAAUGAAAUGAUAAUAGUAAAGUUACAAGUGUUAGUAUUGAAGACAACUUGUGGAGAAUAUUUUGAUUUAUCAGGGAUCACAUCUAAUGAUUGUGUCUGGCCAUUGUAGUGUAAGAUUUUUCUCUUAAUAAGAAGAAAAAAAAGAUAAUUUACACACACACACACACACAGUAGUACAGUAUACUGAGAAUUUGUGUACGUGUAUUCACAUUUUUUUUUUUUAUUACAUGUGUGUAUAACUUGAUAUUUUCAACAUUGUUUAUCAGUUCUGCAACUAUAAAUUAUUUAAUUGUCUGAGUUUUUGUGACUGCUUUCGAAAGUGUGGCAGCUUUGGGUUUAUGGUUAAUUUAUUUAUUUUGUAAAAUUCAGUAAGCCAACUUCAUAAUUUUGCUUCUUAAUUGAAUAGUCAGCUGUCACCUUUGUAAAAGUGUAACUCAAAAAAUAUUUAUUAGAAAAGGAGUUGGAGACAAGUUCUGAUGUUGACAAGACCUGCCUUCUAAUAUUUGCUUCAUAUUGUGGGAUACCACAGAAUCUGCUGUUGAAAUUGUUUUAUGUGAAUAUAUGACAGAGCUAAUUAUUACAGUUUAUUAGAAUAUCUAUUUCUGCUGUACUUGUAAUUUAAUGCCUACUGGUACGUGCAUAUUUAAUUGAAACUAAUAUUUUAUGUACUGCAGGUGGAAAUCACUUCAAGUAAGAGUUAUUUGCUCAAAUACAGACUUAUGACACAAUUCAUUUCAUUAGUAUUAUGUGAAACAUUAUGGGAGCCAUUAUAAAUAUUUUAAGCAGACGUUUCUAAGGGGAUAAACUGAGUACAGUAUGCCAGAAAUUUAUUUAGUGACCCAAGUCAACUGGCAUAUGCCAUACUGAUGACAAUCUCUGCAUUACACACGAAGCUGUAGUCAGAAGAUGCACUUGAGCACUGUACUGCACCACUGUAUACUUCCUUUAACCUCUGUCCUGGAAGGUCAGUGCCAGUAACUACCAUAUCUUCAUUUACAGUAUAUGCACAACACAAGGGUAAGGAACUGGAUGUUUACAGUAGGGGCAUUAUUUAUAGCCUUACUAAAUUCAAAUUAUUAGUGUAAUAGUCCAUAGUUUGAUUACACAAUUCAGUGUAAGUGCAUUAAAUGUAACGACUGACUGCAGCACAGUUGUUACAUACAGUUCGUAAGGUUUUGAAGCUGGAUAAGUAAAAUGAAUUUUCCGUAGUGCCUCAGUACAUUGGCAAACCCGGUACUUUAACAAAGACAUGUUGGCCUCUUCCAAAGAGUUUGAGGGCUGCAAGGGUCCUUAACAUUUUACAAUGUCUGUUGUGGUUCUUAUAUAUAUGACUUUUAGAAUAUUAAAAUAUACCUUUUGUCCUGUAUUAUUAGUUUCUUUCUUUGAGUUAAACCUGUACCUCCUUUCAACACACUUUCAUUUGUCAAGGACUUAUUGGUCAACUGGGUCAGUGAUAUGAAUUUUGAGGUUGCAUCUUUGCUGCUUUUACUUUUAUCCUAUCAUGUUUUGUCUAUUAUUUAUAGUUCUAUGAAUAGUAUCCUUUAUUUAUUAUUUUUAUUUUUUUUAUUUUUUAUUAUUUACAUUUCUUAUUCACCAUUUCAUGUAUGCUUCCAGUGUCAACAUAUUGUCUUCAGCCUUGAUGAAACCACAAGUGCAAAAUCAGCCAUUAUUUAGCUGGAAUUUUCUUCUCAAGUUUCCUUUGGAAUGAUUAAAGAAGCAGCAAGUUAAAUAUUAAAAACUGUAGGGGAAGAAACUAGUGUCAAGGUAAUAUUGAGGGUACAGUACUGUAUUGUAAUAAAAGUGGUUUGAUAAUAAAUUGAAAUAUAAUGACGAGGACCAAGUAAUACAGAAUCCUGGUCCUCCUGAUUUUAUAAUUCAUCUACAUUUAUGAUCACCCUGUAUAGUACUUAAAAUCAGUGUCUCCAUCUUCAAGAUUAAAAUGCUUGAGCCAAAGACAUUUUAUAUUUGUUGGUUAUGGUUAUGUACAGAAAAUGCAAGGCAAUUUUUAAGGCCAUUAUUUUGACACUGGUUGGCUGCUGCUGUAGGAUCUGGCCCAACCAGAUAGCGUCUGCUUCCAUGUCCAGGGGUUCACCAAGAGGGUGGAAAUGUCACCUUUCCCCCCCAUAAAGUCAUUUUAACACCUUAACCCCUACCCCAAGCACUUAAGAACUGAACAGGGUGAAAAUUAAAAUAUAUCCAAGCUUUUUGCUUUAAGUAUACCAGUAAUCAUAAUUGUUUCAUUUGCAUGCCACAUGACUUCUUUUCACUUAACUUAAUCAGCUGCGCCUUCCCAGUGUUCAAAACAACAACUUGGUAGGAGGAUUGUUAAUUAAAUCUUUCCAUUACUUGUUUGAACAAACAAUAUCACAUGUGGAAUGACAUUCUUAGGGGUAGUUCUUGUUACCCCUUCAGAAAAUAUGUUGCGCAGAAGUAUAUACAGUACGCAUAUGAUUUUUAGAAACCUUUUAUUUUUUAUUAAUUGGCUUGUGGGCUUGUUUUACAUUGGUUAGUCCUAAAAUCAUGAUCAUCUGCCCCUUUGGUUUUAAAACCCAGGUGAACCCCUGAUGUCUGGUGAACACCUUUAUAUUUUUUCCCCAUAGGCUUGUAGCUGAAUGAGUGUACAUACAGUAUUACAAAGUAGACAUCUUGUGUAUGUAGGUGUAGUGUCAGUGAGCCUUUCAUGUGUAUCACAGUGCCCCCCUCAGUCAGGUAAAGAUAACACUCUGGUGGCAUUCAAAAUAUCAGGUGAAUUCAGGAAAAAGCGCAAUUAAGAAUAAUUCCUAGUCAUAUGUCUGGCUUCUUUUUAUCGGUGUUUUGAUUAAUGUUGUCGGAGCCUGAUUACCAGUGUCAACUCUUACUUCUGGGGAGUUAAUCUGUCUUGUCAGCAGAUUAAUUUCACAAUGAUGAGUCAAUGUUUAAGACGAAAAUCUUCAGGUGAUUGCUGUUUACUGGGUCCAAUGAUAACUUUUGUAUAAAUUCAAGAGAUUGGCUCAAUUCACUGAGGGCCAACUAUGGUCAUAGCUAACUGAUGGCUGUGGGUUCUGUCACUUUUUGUCACAAUUCCUGUAAAAGAAUCAUUCAUUUGUGGGCUCUCAGUGAGUUACAGUUGGUGUUAUAGGGAGUGGUUGUCAUGAUUUAAAGUCGAGUGCACCUAAAUUUUAAUUUAUCUUCAAACUCUGUUGGGUGUUCUGUGAAGCCUGUUAGUCAAAUCUGGCUAUUGUAUAGCAUUAUUAAAUCUCAUCCCUGUUGCUUGGGAAUUUUUCUAGUUGCAUAUUCAAUGAUUUUUUCCUGCUUUUCACCUUCAGUACUGAACCCCACCAACUGGAAAACUUUUGGGCUUUCAGAUUUGUGUAUUAAUUUAUUUUAUUUUUUAUUUUAUUUUUUCAGUCUAAACAUGAAUUUAUCUUCAAUAUACAGCUAACUUUAAAUUGUUAGUUAACAUAUUAUGGGUUAACAAUAGUACAACACUGAAAACUUUCUUUGAGUACUGUAGUACUUAUAAAUUAGUUUUUAUUUAGCGUACAUAUUACUGUUGUUUUGAUAAGUGAAUGGUAUAUGUAUUUUGUGAAUUGGAAACUCUUGGCACUUUUCCAAUAGUGUAAUUUUUACCUGCAAUUUCAUGUGAUUUACCAAAAAAAAAGUAUUUUUGUACUUUACUACAUUGAAUUGGAUUUGAGUACAAUGCUCAUUGAUACUGUGAACUCUAAAUACUAAUUCUGCUUUGGGAGGUGAUCAUAAGACUGCGUUCCUGGGAGGUUGUUUUAAUGAAUAAUGUAGAAAGCAAAUUGCAAAUACACUUUCAUUUUUUUGUAAA